AUGGUUCAAAACUGGUGUUCGUAUCCGAAUCCAGCGCUAGGAGAAGAAGUUGUAAUUUGUGGUAUUUCGGGGUUAUUUCCAAAAAGUGACAACAUUAUUGAAUUAAAGCACAAUUUAUAUAAUGGUAUUAACUUGAUAUCAGAAGAUAACUCAGCCACAAAUCCUGAUAUCCCAAAAUAUUUCGGUCGAGUGAAUCCAAAUAUUGUCUGCAAGUUUGAUAAUAAGUUUUUUAAUAUACCAGAUGAACAAAUUCGUUCAUUGGAUCCAAUGACUCGCAUACAUUUAGAGAAAACAUAUGAGGCCAUAAUUGAUGCAGGACUAAAUCCCGACGAUUUACGUGGAACAAAAACUGGGGUCUACACAGCGUCAUCAAUGUGCGAAGCUGACAGUGAUUGGAUUUUUACACCAGCAAAUAUUGAUGGCUACGGUGUGAUUGGAAAUAGUAGAGCAAUGUUAGCUAACCACGUAAGUCUAUGGUUAGAUUUACAUGGUCCAUCGUAUAAUUUGGAUGCAGCAUGUUCAAGUUACUUAUAUGCUGUUGAGCACGGGUAUAGAGACUUGAGAGCUGGUAUUGUGGAUUGUGCGCUGGUUGGAACCGGAAAUUUAGGUUUGGCUGAAUUGACAACUUUACAAUUUGCACGUUUGGGUGUAUUAUCAAAAGAAGGAGUUUGUCGAACUUUUGAUGAAAAAGCAAAUGGCUAUGUAAGAUCUGAAACAAUUGGAUGCAUGGUGUUAAUGCGUGCUAAAGAUGCUAAACGUAUCUACUCGUAUAUUGUGCACUCAAAGACUAAUUGUGAUGGAUAUAAACCUCAAGGUAUUACGUUUCCAUCUGCAGAAGGUCAACACAAAUUAUUGAGUGAAUUCUAUAACGAAAUUACAAUUUUACCGAAAGAUAUUAAUUACGUUGAAUGCCACGGCACUGGUACUAAAGUCGGAGACGUAGAGGAAUGUAUUUCAGUAGAGAGAAUAUUUUGUAAAGAUCGUAAAACACCUUUAAAAAUUGGUUCGGUGAAAUCUAAUCUUGGACAUUCCGAACCAUCCUCUGGAUUGUGUGCAAUUGCAAAAUGUAUUUUGUCCAUGGAGUCUGGUUUGAUUCCACCAAAUUUGCAUUAUAAUAAACCACGGCAGGAAAUUCGAGGAUUAAUCGAAAAUAAAUUUGAAGUUGUUGACAAAAUUACACCAUUGGAUGGUGAUUACAUGGCUCUAAGUGGAUUUGGAUUUGGUGGAGCUAAUGCACAUCUGUUGUUAAAACGUUUUAAAAAAUUGAAAAAAAAUCAUGGGUACCCCUCAGAUGACUUACCACGACUUGUUUGUGUAUCUGGCAGAACUCAAGAUGCAGUGAAUACAAUCAUCCAUGAUUUACAAAAGCGUUCUGUAGAUGUGGAACACGUUCGAUUAUAUCAUGGAGUUUAUCGGAAGAAUAUUAAAAAUCAUGAUUAUCGUGGGUAUGUGCUUUUACAAAAAAGUGACCCACGUAAUGUAGGUCAUGCAACGAAAUUUAUUAAAAAUUUGACGACACCAGCCAUUUGCUAUGUGUUCACUGGAGUAGGAAGUCAAUGGGCUGGCAUGGGCAUAACAUUAAUGCAAAUACCAAAAUUCGCGGCAACAAUGCAUAAAUUGAACAAAUAUCUAGAUCCACUUUGUGUAGAUAUUGUGAAGAUUAUUACUGAUACAAAUCCAAAAGUUUUUGAUAAUCCUUUGUAUGCAAUACUUGGAACUACAGCGAUCCAAAUUGGUUUAGUUGAUGUAUUGAAUGCAAUUGGCAUCGAAGCGGAUCAAAUGAUUGGUUAUUCCACUGGAGAAUUCGCAUGUGCCUAUGCUGAUAAUUGUUUAACUGCUGAGCAAACAAUUUUGGCUGCAUAUUAUCGUGGAUUAACAUUAUUUGAUUCCAAAAUGAUUGGGAAUUCGAUGGCUGUGAGUGAUCUUAAUUCGAAUAAGUUAUUAAAUGACUACACAACAGAAAUCAAUAGUGAUGAGCAAAUCAAUAAAAGAAAGAGAAUGGAAAUUUCUGGUUUAGUAGUUAUUCUUGAAAUAUCACCAGAUAAUUCAUUAGUUGAUAUGUUAAAAGAUGUUAUUGAUAAAAAGAAUGUUUUGAUUGAAUCACUGAUGCAAGAGAACGAUCAUGAUUUAAACACAUUUUUUAAUAUUAUUGGAAACUUGUAUACAAAAGGAUUCAAUCCACAAUUGGCAACAUUGUACCCCGAAGUACAAUUUCCUGUAAGCUGUGGUACUCCAAUGAUAGGACACACCGUAAAAUGGGAACAUUCAAGAAAAUGGCCAGUACCAAAAGAAGGCUUUUGUUUGGUCGACUCAUCGUUGGAAAAAACGAUUGAAAUCGAUGUGACUAAGCCAACAUAUGAAUAUCUUACAGGCCACGUAGUUGAUGGUUUGUAUACACUUACAAUUCGCAGUUUUAUCAAAAUCUAA